CACUUUGGUAACGCUGCGAGCUUGCAGAAAGUUGCUAAUUGGGCGGGCGUCGGCAAGGGCACCGUGACUCUAGUGACCCGACGUGUUCUCACAGCGAUCUUGCGUCCGGACUUCAUGUCAGAGACGGUCAGACUGCCGACCCCAGUGGAGAAGGAGAAAGCGAAGGCGUGGGUUGAGGCACAUUCUUGCCGAGCCUGGAGAAAUGGAUGGUGCAUGGUUGAUGGCACACUUGUGCCACUAGCGGACCGGCCUUAUUUCUACGGCGAGAGUUACUUCGACAGGAAGUCAAAUUACUCUCUGAAUAUCCAGAUCAUCUCGCUUCCAAAC